GGACGGCGGCCGCGCAGUGAGAUUGCUGGCCACUGGUCAUUUUUCUUUCGAGGAAGACUGGAGUCUGGUACCUACCCCCUGUCUAGGCCUCAGACUUUGGGACAGGGAGGGGGAAUCUCAGCCUGAGCCCUCCCUUCACCCUGCCGCUCCCCCCAGCAAUGGCCUGAGCCCCCAUGGCUGCCCCUCAGGACCUGGACAUCGCUGUGUGGCUGGCCACGGUGCACCUGGAGCAGUAUGCAGACUCAUUCCGGCAGCAUGGCCUGGCUACGGCAGGUGCAGCCCGAGGCCUGGGCCACGAGGAGCUGAGGCAGUUGGGCAUCAGCGCCACAGGUCACCGGAAACGCAUUCUGCGCCUGCUGCAGGCAGGUGCUACAGAGGGCUCCCUGGAUCCCCAGUCAGACAGUGCCAUGGAGCCAUCCCCCAGCCUAGCUCCCCAAGCCCAGCCCCCCAAGCCUGUGCCUAAACCCAGGACAGUAUUUGGUGGGCUCAGUGGCCCUACCACCACCCAAUGGCCUGGAGUGAGCCCAGCCCUCUGGAGGCCAGAAGUGUCCAGGAGCCCAGAGUCCAGCCCGAAGUCUCCUCCUCUCUCCACCUCCUCCUCUGAGCAGACUGCAGCCUUGAAUACUAUGGAGAUGAUGCCUAAUGCCAUCUACUUUGGUCUGGAUUUAAGAGGCGGGGUACAGAUGACUCAGAACACGGCCCCAGACAGUUCCCAGGCAGCUGCCCCCACCCCUGCCCUCAGGCCCACAACAGGCACAGUGCACAUCAUGGACCCUGGUUGCCUGUACUAUGGUGUCCAGCCUGCGGGGGUCCCAGGGCCACUCGAGAGAAGAGAAGGCAGAGGUGUCUCUCAGGACAGGGCUGAACACAGGCUCAGCAGGCAGGAUCUGGAGGUGCGGGAGGACGCUGGCUAUGCUAGCCUCGAGCUGCCUGGGGAUUCCACCCUCUCACUGCCCACCCUCGACGUGGAGACCAAUGAUGACCUCAUUUCACCCUAUGCCAGCUUCUCCUCCACAGCAGACCGCCCCACGCCCCUUCUCAGUGGCUGGCUAGACAAGCUCUCCCCUCAGGGAAACUACGUUUUCCAGAGGCGGUUUGUGCAGUUCAAUGGGAGGAGUCUGAUGUACUUUGGCAGUGAUAAGGAUCCCUUCCCCAAGGGUGUGAUCCCUCUGACAGCCAUUGAGAUGACCCGCAGCAGCAAGGACAACAAAUUCCAGGUCAUCACUGGCCAGAGGGUGUUUGUAUUUCGCACAGAGAGCGAGGCCCAGCGGGACACGUGGUGCUCCACGCUUCAAUCCUGCCUGAGGGAGCAGCGCCUCCUGGGCCACCCCCGGCCUCCUCAGCCACCCCGACCCCUCCGCACAGGCAUGCUGGAGCUUCGCGGACACAAGGCCAAGGUUUUUGCUGCUUUGAGCCCUGGAGAGUUGGCACUGUACAAGAGUGAGCAGGCCUUUUCUUUGGGCAUCGGGAUCUGCUUCAUUGAACUGCAAGGCUGCAGUGUCCGGGAAACAAAGAGUCGCAGCUUUGAUCUGCUCACACCCCAUCGCUGCUUCAGCUUCACAGCCGAGUCUGGGGGGGCUCGGCAGAGCUGGGCGGCCGCUCUGCAGGAAGCCGUAACUGAGACCCUGUCUGACUACGAGGUGGCCGAGAAAAUCUGGUCCAAUCGGGCAAACCGGCACUGUGCGGACUGCGGGGCCUCCCGCCCAGACUGGGCUGCUGUCAACCUGGGGGUGGUCAUCUGCAAGCAGUGUGCAGGUCAGCACCGGGCCCUGGGUUCUGGGAUCUCCAAGGUACAGAGCCUGAAGCUGGACACAAGUGUCUGGAGUAAUGAGAUAGUGCAGUUGUUCAUUGUCCUGGGAAAUGAUCGUGCCAACCGCUUCUGGGCAGGGGCACUACCCAUAGGUGAGGGGGUGCAUCCAGAUACAAGCCCUGGCCCCCGGGGAGAGUUUAUCUCCCGGAAGUACCGACUGGGUCUCUUCCGGAAGCCCCACCCUCAGUAUCCAGAUCACAGCCGGCUUCUCCAGGCACUGUGUGCAGCUGUGGCAGGACCCAACCUGCUGAAGAACAUGACCCAGCUCCUCUGUGUUGAGGCCACUGAGGGUGAUGAGCCCUGGUCCCCCUCAGCCUUGGAUGGCAGCUUCCCUGGUCUCCUAAUCCCAGACCCUUCCCCUGGUGUGUACAAUGAGGUGGUGGUACCUGCCACCUACAGCAGCUUCCUGUACUGUGGUCCAUCAGCAACAAAGCUGGACCCCCCUCCUCCUCGGAGGGGCCGGGAUGCUCCACCCAGACUGUGGUGUGUGCUGAGAGCGGCUCUGGAAAUGUUUGUGUCGGAAAGCAGUCCUGAACCCCUCAGCCUCAUCCAGCCCCAGGAUGUUGUAUGUUUGGGUGUGAGUCCCCCACCCACUGACCCAGGUGACCUUGACAGGUUCCCCUUUUCCUUUGAGCUCAUCCUCACAGGGGGGAGGAUCCAGCAUUUUGGCACAGAUGGAGCUGACAGUCUGGAGGCCUGGACCAGUGCUGUGGGCAAGUGGUUCUCCCCGUUGAGCUGUCACCAGCUGUUGGGCCCUGGGCUGCUGCGGCUGGGCCGCCUGUGGCUGCGCUCUCCCACCCAUUCAGCGCUGGCCCCCAGCCUCUGGCUGUCAGGGUUUGGACUUCUUCGUGGUGACCACCUCUUCCUGUGUCCAGCACCGGGCCCUGGCCCUCCAGCCCCUGAGGACAUGGUGCAUCUGCGGCGGCUACAGGAAAUCAGUGUGGUAUCAGCAGCUGACACCCCAGACAAGAAGGAGCAUUUGGUCCUGGUGGAGACAGGAAGGACCCUGUAUCUGCAGGGGGAAGGGCCGCUGGAUUUCUCAGCAUGGAACACAGCCAUUGAGGGGGCAGCUGGCGGGGGCGGCACAGGGCUGCAGGAGCAGCAGAUGAGCCGGGGGACAAUCCCCAUCAUCGUGGAUGCCUGCAUCAGUUUUGUCACUCAGCACGGGCUCCAGCUGGAGGGCAUAUACCGGAAAGGGGGUGCCCGUGCCCGUAGCCUUCGGCUCCUGGCUGAGUUCCGGCGGGAUGCCCGCUCAGUGAAGCUCCGGCCAGGAGAGCACUUUGUGGAAGAUGUCACCGAUACACUCAAACGCUUCUUUCGAGAGCUUGAUGACCCUGUGACCUCUGCACGGUUGUUGCCUCGCUGGAGGGAGGCUGCUGAGCUACCCCAGAAGAAUCAGCGCCUAGAGAAAUACAAAGAAGUGAUUGGCUGCCUGCCACAGGUCAACCGCCGCACACUGGCUACCCUCAUUGGGCAUCUUUAUCGGUCAGUAUGGCCAGACCCCCUGCAGGCUCCUCACUGACCAUUUAUCGCCUCUGUCCAACGUCCCUCUCCUGCCUUGCCACCUUACAUUUACUCAUUCAUCCUGCAAACAGUUGUUAAGUGUAGCUAUCCUAGCACAAAGGUUCAGAGUGUGGACUUUAGGGUCAGGCAGACCUAGCUUUACUCUGGCUCUAUCAUUCUAGUGUGUGACUUUGGGUAAGUUACUUGCACUCUCUGAGCCUCAGUUUCCUCAUUUGUAAAGGAAGAUGGUGUAAUGAAUAGUAUCUGCCUCCUAGGUGAUGAGAGUUAAAUGAGAUAGUCCUUAUAAAAUUCUUACUGCAGCACCUGGCAUGUGUGUAGUAAGCAUUCAGACACGGUGAAUAAUCAGUGUUAUUUUUGUUUUAUUAUUCUAUGCCAGGCAAAGGAUUAGAUGGAGGAGACAUAGAGAAUAAGAUGCAGAUCUACCUUGAUCAGUCUAAUGGGAAGACAGGUCUUUAAAUGAUUCUAAAGUGACCCCUGGCUGUGUUGUACUGAUUACUCUAUAUCGUAGGGAUAGGCCAGCGAUGGCCCAUGGGCCAAAUCCAUCCCAUUGCCUGUUUUCUCAAAUAGUUUUGUACAGGGGCACCUGGGUGGCUCAGUUUAAGAAUUUGACUCUUGAUUUUGGCUCA